AUGGUCGCUACCUUCUCGCCGCACCGGGACUCCGGCGGCACCCUGCAUCUCGCCUCACACUCGGGGAUCCACCACGUUGAUGCUAGCUCUGCCAUCCGACAACUACGACGCUCAUUAUCGCGUUCACCUUCGAAAAGCUCCAACUUCUUCCUCCACCCCCGAAAUCAGUCUCCCUCGAAGUCCGCCUACAUCUCAUCUCCUCUUUCGCCCUCUCGACGCAGCUCACAAAACAACUUUGUGUUAUUCCCAUCUCACCAAUCUCCCCUCGCAGUGCCUUACCCUCCAAGCGCGAAGAUUUCCCGGCCGGCGAUGCGACGACGCACGUCACCUCGCAGUCCGGCCAAACGCGUCUUGAGUGUGUCGACUGAUGGAGGAAACGCGACUCCCACUCAACCCAUCGCUCUGCCACCUGGGGAGGAGAAUGAUCUCACUCUCGAUGAUCUUGUCCCCAACAUGAUGAGCACAACACCCGACAGUCCUUGUGCCAGCAACACCCCUCUGGCCGAAUCAGCUUUCGCGCCACGCACAACACUAACGCGCAUCGAAAAGCGACGCAGUGGAACUUUCAGUACACUCGCCAGUGGAAGUCCGUUGAAGCGAAGUGAUGGAAUUAUGAACUUGGACCAAGCUUCCCGGGGAAGCCCCUCAGCAAAGCGACGCAGCGUGCACAACCCUAACUGUCCAACGGAAUUCAGCAUCUUCGACAAUGAGGUUGAUGAUACCACGCCUGAAGGCUCUCCAUCAUCUGAGAUUCCUUCUUUCCCCACACCUGUUCAGCCACAUAGUCCCUUCGCGACGAUCCCCAAACGCUCGUCAUCAUUGCGACGAUCCACCUUGCAGCAGCGCGGUGAAAGACCUCUCUUUGGCCGGCCAAGAGCGAUGGAUGAGAACGAAAGCACCUCACCACCUGGUACACCUUUAAGUGUUCGGCCCCGCAUGUCCUUUGACAGCAGCCUGUUCCAGCCUGGUAGUGAGAACAUUUUCUCACCCAAACCCUCCGCCAGCCCUCUUUUCUCCAACUCCCCAGCCAAUCCUCCUCCCGUCAACACCACCCAACCAUCUCGUGCCGGUGCUCAUCCCCUCUCCCGCACUAUUACUCAGUCUUCUUCUGGGUCAAGUCUUGAUGACUCGCCCACUCAUGAACCGGUCCACAAGCCCGAAGGGCGACGACCACUGUUCAACUUUUCCAAGUCCCUGCCCGCUGGAGCUACCCGCCCAGCACCUGUGCGCAGAAUCACCCGAGAGGAUUCAGGUGAAUUUGCGACUCCUGACAACUACAAGUUGGUCAAGCCUCUGCCAGCGGCAUUCAUGUCCACUGGUCUCAUCUCCAAGAAGAACCGCAAUGCGGAGGAGACUGGCUCGACUUUCAACAAGAGCAUGCCCGAUACGCCUUGCAAGCGACCUGUGAAUAUGUUUACUGCUGGUCCAAAUCCCACCGACAGACUGUUCGACAAGUCACGGCAAUCUGAUGCUCCGUCUGCCUCUCCUUUCAACCCCCCUACUACUUCGCGCCCCAAGCCAAGUCCCUUUGCCCGCGGCAUGGGCAUUUUUGGUAGCAGCUUCAACCGCCCCGAGGUAUCGCGCCGUGGAAGCUUCGCUAGUCUCGAUGGCGAUGAUCUGAAUCUCGCCCAGUCUCCCUCCUCUCGACAGGACAGCCAGCCUCUCAAUGACGACUUCCCUCCCACUCCUACCAAACAACCUUUCCUCCCAUCUCGCACCUAUCCCCCUACUGCCGGCUCAAUCCCAUCUUUAGAGCGGUUGUCUGAGACAGCCAGUCCUCUUCGCGAACGAUUUUUGCAGGCUUCACCUCACACUCCCCGUGAUCAAUACUUCCCUCCCGACCCCAGUGGUCUGUCUAUCUCUGUGCCUCAUGAUCAGUCUGUGCAGGCAGAGCACGAGCUUCCAGCUACUCCCACUGGACCUCGCGACUCUUGGUCCUCAUUUAGGAGGCCCAGCUUGCAGAUCAGUGGAUACCACGCCCCGGACGUUGAUCCAACUCUAACUUCCCGCUUCGAUAGCGUGGAGCUUAUUGGCACAGGAGAGUUCUCCCAAGUCUUCCGCGUCGCACAACCUCACGAUUCCUCCUUCCCUUCGGUCUUCUCCCUUCCUUCCAGCGAGCCCAAGUCACCGGGUUCUCUCCCACAUCAAGUUUGGGCUGUCAAGAAGAGCAAGCAACCUUACCUUGGAUUGAAGGACCGGGAACGCCGUAUUCGCGAGGUCGACAUCUUGAAGACCCUUACCCACUGCGAUCAUGUUAUUUCUUUGAUGGACAGCUGGGAAAACCAAGGCCACCUUUACAUUCAGACCGAGUUCUGCGAAGAAGGUAGCUUGGAUGGAUUUUUGGCUCAAGCUGGUCUGAAGGCCCGACUUGAUGAUUUCCGUAUCUGGAAAAUUUUGCUCGAAAUGUCAUUGGGUCUUAAAGAGAUUCACGACGAGGGCUUCAUCCAUCUCGAUCUCAAGCCUGCUAACAUUCUGGUCACUUUUGAAGGCACCUUGAAGCUUGGUGACUUUGGCAUGGCUACCCGCUGGCCUGCAGAGCACGGAAUUGAAGGUGAAGGUGACCGGGAAUACAUUGGACCGGAGAUCCUCAAAGGCCAAUAUGACAAACCCGCCGACAUCUUCUCUCUCGGUCUUAUCAUUUUCGAGAUUGCCGGCAAUGUCGAGCUUCCGGACAACGGACUCUCUUGGCAAAAGCUCCGCAAUGGUGACAUGAGCGACGUUCCCAGUCUGACCUUCAGUCACGAAAGCCAUAUCUCCCGCGAUGCAAGUGGCAACCCAAUCUCCAAGGAAUCUUCUUUCGAGGAGCUUUGUACCUCAGACUUGGGUGGUGGCGCAUUCAACGACGAUUUCGUGACUUGUCGCAACCUGAGUACUCCCAAGCCUCAGACGAUCGCUCGCAGCGGAGAGCUUACUGAUCCACCUGCCUUCAUGGCUGACCCUUAUCACCCUCAAUCGCUUGAUGGGAUCGUCCGAUGGAUGAUCUCUCCCGAUCCUCAACACCGUCCCACCGCGGACCAAAUCCUGGAAACCUAUGGUGUCCAAUUUACCAACCAACGACGCCGCGCUGGCGCCACCGUCUUUGAGGGUAACUGGGGCCCCGCUGACGAGAUCUUGGCCGAAGAUGCCGAAAUGAUCGAUGUGUAA